ACCAAACCGAAAGACAGAACUUUAGUAUUGCAAUGGUUUUGUGUAAAUAAAAUCGCCAAAUCUAACUUAAAUUUUAUGAAUUCUAACCGGAAGGCACGGUCUCGUGUGCAGGGCUCGUGGGCAGCACCCGCACGGCCGUCAUCUUCAAAAGAACAUAGCAGCACAAAGAGUGCCCCUACUGCCCAAUCUGCCACAGGAGCUGCUUCAUGGGGCACCAAGAAAGUUUUAAAUAAAAGCAUUGAAAAUACAGAAGUGAAGCUUUGUCCUAUUCCAACGAAUGACCUGCGCGUUGCUCCUAAAGAAAUUGUAAUCAAAGAUGAAGGAGAGCAUGUUAUCAGUUCUACAUCUCGUGGUAAAUCCAAGAUUGCAUUUUUUCCUAACUUCCUUGAGAAGUCUGAUGCGGACUGGAUGUUGGAGACUUUAAAGAAUGAGGUUCAGUGGGAGCAUCGAAGGAACCUUAAGUACGGACCAAACUCAAUGGAACCUCGUCUAACUGCUUGGUUUAGUGAAUUCUCCUACUCAUACUCUGGUGUAGUGCAGCCACCUAACCCACAUUGGCAUCCUCUGCUGGCCGCACUGCGGGAUCGAUUGAACGAUUUGUAUGGUUACAAGUUCAACUCGUUGCUCGCUAAUUUAUACAGAGACGGACAUGACAGCGUGGAUUGGCACACUGACGCCGAACCUGCGCUUGGGAAUUCACCACCGAUCGCAUCAAUCUCGUUUGGAGAUACGAGAAACUUCGAGCUCAGAGAAAUUACUGAUAUCAAAACUGAUGAGGACUUAACGUACUGUAAGAGGAUACGUGUACCACUUACGCAUGGAAGCUUGCUGCUCAUGACAGGUGCCACGCAACAUGACUGGCAACACAGGGUUCCCAAAGAAUAUCAUGAUAGAAGCGCACGGGUGAAUCUAACAUUUCGGCUCAUGCAUAAUAGUAGUUGAUUAUAACAGGAGGUGCACAAGUUAGCUCCUAUAAUUUUUUUUUCUAGGCAUGGAGUUAAAUGCUAUUAGUAAAAAGUAAAUAUAAAACUUUUUAAAAUUAAGCAGACCCCAGUUGUUUAGUGUUUACCUAGGAUUUGUUAAAAAUCACAAACAAAUUAUACAAGUUAGUGUAUUGACUGUUCGAAAUUAAUAAGAAUUUGAAUCUAUGAAGGGUGCAGCAAUUCCUUUUCCUUGGCCUUGUACACCUCCAUGGCCUUUGUUUUAUAAUGUUCCAAAUAAACCGAAAGUUGUUCU